AUGAACAAUUCGACUGAGUUACUCCAAUUGUAUGUACUAUUGUCAUAUGAAAAGCUACGACGCUCAAAAAUAAGCCAACAUCAUCGUCCGACCGAAGCUUCGUUACGUGAUCGACUAUUAGUAUGGCGUUUUUUGAAACAGAUCGAAAAUGAGUCGAUCACUCGACAACCUUCCGAACAAGAGUCCUUUUCAAACGACUCAACCGAUAACAAUACUGACGAUUUAACUAAUAGUAAUUCUUGGAUACUUGAUCUCGAUGCAAAUUGUGCUGAUGAUAUGGAUAUUGAAUCUGACCUGUUGAAUAUUGUUGAUAAUAAUCAGUUAGAUAGUAAUGUUUCUCCAUGUGAAACAAUGAAUAUUGAUCAAACAUCAGAUGUAAAUAUCCUCCUAAAACGCACAAUUGGUGCUGAACGGCGACAAAAGUCUAUGUCAGAAGGCAAUAUUUUCGAAGAAACGGAACAAUUCUUUCAAGAGCUUUGCGCUGAAUUAACCAAUACAACUGCAACACUUGUCUCAACAUCUGCACCGAAUGCAUUGAAUUUUCCUCCAACGCCUGAACAGGCUCUAAUCCAUUAG